AGGAGGGGUCCCCGCGGCUUUAUCUCCCACCCGGCUCCGCCCGCCGCCGGCUGUCUCCCGUGACCGCAGCGCACCGGCGGCCCGGGCAGCGCCCAUGGGCUGCGGCAACUCCACGGCCGGCGGCGCGGGCGGGCGAGGUGCUACAGGGACUACUAAAGAUGUAGCAGAAGAAUCCAUAUCCGAUGAUGACAAAAGGAGGAACUACGGCGGGGUGUACGUGGGGCUGCCGUCGGACGCGGCUGCCAUGGCUCCCAGUCAGACGAAAGCUGCACCCAAAGAAGGAAAUAAAGACAUCAAGAUGCAAACAGCCCGAGUCUACUAAGACCAGUUGCCAGUGCUUUGGAGGGAACUGUCUUUGUGCUGAAGAUUUUGAUAUUUACACAGCCUUCCGGAGGGCAAGAGAGAUCAGAGCACCAAAAAAUCCAAACUGUUGCAAAUUCCAACUACGGGUAAAGCUUAAAGUAGAGCGUCCAAUCUGUUUCCUAUGAUAGUUGCAUUAUGGAAAUCUCCUGCUGUUCUCCAGUGAAAGAUGAAAUUAGUGAACUCAUGGUGGAUGUUUCUGCACAAGAGCUAACUUUGAUGAUCUGCAACUUAUUUCUCUGUGGCCAUAUUGCAGAUUCCAUCAGCUAUCAGCUACGCUUCGUAUAUUUCCUCCUACGAGUUUGAUAGAUUUUAUAUAGAAAACUAUCACCACUGUCCACUCAAUAGUUUCUAUGAUAGGUUCCUGUAAAUUAAUUGUUCUUUUUCUUCAGAGUAAUAUAUUUGACAAGUUUGCAUCUUUUUGGGAAUACUGCAAAUUUUAAUAUUUUUGCUGUGAAAUAUUAAGAAUAGGAUGAAAUAAGCUUAAGACCAUAAGGUUCUUUAUAAUUAUUACUGUCCCUUUUAUACCAUGAGACAAAUAUUAGUGUUUAAUUUUCACCUUGUAAAAAGAUGUUGCUCAAGGAAAUUGAUUUGAAUAAGAAUGAUAUACUUCAUUGUAUUAUUUACAUAUCUGUUUAUAUUUUACUUUAGCUAUGGCUCUUUUAUAAAGCAUUACAUGUAAAAAAUUACUAACAAAAUAAACUAUCAUGUGUUCCAUUCCA